GUAAAUACUGCAUGGGAAAGACUCGUGCUGCAUGUGAAGUUUUGCAGCAGGCAAAUCUGUUUUUCGGGAUGAGGUUGUAGAGUUAAUCCUGCCACAAUGUCAUCGAAAAAGAAAAAUAAGGGAAAAUCCGGAAGACCGAAUGAAGUUGAGAACAGCAACAGUAACAUUGACUGUUCCUUUGACUCUUCCCCACUCGCCCAUGGAGAUCGACCAAGUACUUCCAAUGAUGCAUUCACAGUAAUUGACUUUAUUGAUAAAGCCGACGAUAAGGUUCCGAAGAGGUGCAGGAGAUUUCUUGCCCAGUUGAGUCUGAACUCCAUGAAGGCUGCAGAUAUUUGCAUCGGACGACCCAUCCUGCUCUCUAGUCCUGCAGGCCAGCAGGAGGUGUGCUUGGCCUGGCCCGUGGCUGCUUUUCCAGGAGGGCGAGUGGGCCUACAGGGUGAAACUCAGCGCAGCCUGAGGGUGAAGUCGGGGGAUAGGAUCAUGGUUCGGCUGCUGACAGGACCUGUGCUGCAAGUGGAGGAACUGCACUUGUCCCUCAGAGAGAAGGAUGACACACUCAACAUGGAAGAGUUCACUGAUUUUAUUAUCCGAUCUCUGGAUGGAAAAGUGGUUCUCCCUGGGAAUGUCCUCUUCCUGACCUUUUACGGGCGUCCCUGCACACUGAGGGUGGAGGGGUUGAAGGGGGUGGACGGGGUGAACCUGGAGAGGCGGGACCCCCCCGCUAAUGAGGCGGAACCGGAGCCGUUGGAUGUGUCUGCCCUGGACACCACGCCCGUGGACCUGUCCCUCUCCCUGCGGCUUGGUGCACUCGACAUUGAUGAUAAAGAGCCCCUCCCUGCAGCCAGCACCCCCUGCAGACCCUGCAGCCCUGCCCCUGUGCCUGCCCUCCCUCCUCAACCCCACCCCCACCUGCCCGCCGAGCAACCAGAUCCUGGUUGCCUGGGCUACCUGAGCACUGGGGGUGAAAAGCAGAUAGCUGACUCCGAGCAGGCUCUUACAGCACCCCCUGGUGGCGCCUCGAGCAAUGGCACAUUCUACAGCGUUUGCUCUCGGACCAAGGUCACAAUGGUGGAGAAGGGGGGCAAGGAAAGAGGGGGAGAGGAGGUGGGCGGGGAAUCCAGGGUCACGUACGCCAUGAUAGGUGGCCUCAGCGCCCAGCUGGGGGCAAUCCGGGAGACCAUUGAACUGCCCCUUAAGCACCCCGAAAUCUUCAGGAGCUAUGGAAUUCCACCCCCCAGGGGAGUCCUCCUGUAUGGCCCUCCUGGGACAGGGAAGACCAUGAUUGGCCGAGCUAUAGCCAAUGAGGUUGGAGCUCACAUGAUCGUGAUCAACGGCCCUGAGAUCAUGAGCAAGUUUUACGGAGAGACGGAGGCCCGGCUGAGGCAGAUUUUUGCAGAAGCGGCUCAAAGGCAGCCAGCGGUAAUCUUCAUCGACGAGCUGGAUGCGCUAUGUCCAAAACGGGAGGGGGCGCAGAACGAGGUGGAGAAGCGUGUGGUUGCCUCCCUCCUCACCCUCAUGGACGGGAUUGGCUCAGAGGGCCACAGUGGGCAGCUGAUAGUGCUGGGGGCCACCAACCGGCCCCAUGCCCUGGACCCCGCCCUGCGGCGGCCUGGCCGCUUUGACAAGGAGCUGGAGGUGGGCGUUCCCAGUGCAGAGGGCCGAGCCGACAUCCUACGCAAGCAGCUGAGCGCCAUGCCCUGUGAGGUGACCCCAGAACAGCUGAUGGCACUCGCCGACGCCGCGCACGGCUAUGUGGGUGCGGACCUGGCCGCCAUCUGCAAGGAGGCAGGGCUCCAUGCGCUGAGGAGGGUGCUAUCCAGAGACCCCGCUCUCUUGGACCAGCAGGCCAUGGGUACGGUAACGGUCACCUUGCAGGACCUCCAGCGGGCCAUGUCAGAGGUUAAACCCAGCGCCAUGCGGGAGGUGGCUGUGGAUGUCCCCAAGGUGCAUUGGAGUGACGUGGGUGGUAUGGAGGAGGUGAAGCUGAAGCUGAAGCAAGCUGUGGAGUGGCCUCUGAGGCACCCCGAAUCCUUUACCCGAAUGGGGAUCCAGCCCCCUAAAGGGGUGCUGCUGUAUGGCCCCCCCGGCUGCUCCAAAACCAUGAUCGCCAAAGCCUUAGCCAACGAGAGCGGACUCAACUUCCUCUCUGUCAAGGGUCCGGAACUACUGAGCAAAUAUGUGGGGGAGUCUGAGAGGGCUGUCAGAGAGGUUUUUCGGAAGGCGAGAGCUGUGUCCCCCUCCAUUGUGUUCUUCGAUGAGAUCGACGGACUGGCCAUCGAAAGAGGAAGUAGUGCGGGAUCAGGUGGGGCCAGUGUAGCGGACCGUGUUCUGGCGCAGUUGCUAACGGAGAUGGAUGGGGUGGAGCAACUGCAUGACGUCACAGUACUGGCCGCCACCAACCGGCCCGACAUGAUUGACAAGGCCCUUAUGCGGCCCGGUCGGCUGGACCGUAUCGUGUAUGUGCCUCUGCCAGACGACGCCACCAGGCGGGAGAUCCUGGCCCUCCAGUUCCGCAGCAUGCCCGUGGCCCCCGACGUGAGCCUGGACGAACUGGUGAGCAGGACAGAGAAGUACUCCGGAGCAGAGUCCGCCAGAAAUGACCACCCUGAUGACCGCACAUCCUGCCUCCUCCACCAGUCAUCGUUAUAUACCUAUUUGUAUUUGUGUUCAUACGGCCACGCCUUUGAUCCAGUGGUUCAGCGAAUUCCAGGUGCUUCACAAAGCUCAGCAACAUCCACUGUCAGAAAGUAAGGUCAUUUGUGAAAUCUGGUGCAUGGUUGGAGCAAACUUGUAGACACUGCUGCCUGCAGGACCUGAAGUUGAGUACCAAUGAUAUUUCUCUGAAGUUGGCCAAAGUAAAUAGGGGUUAAACCCAUUCAAAACGACGAGAUUCAAACAUAUUCCAUCUUGGACACUAAAUUGGCUGUGGUUUCUUCAUUUUGUUAACCAAUCGACGCUGUUCAGAACAAGUCUAGAAUCAACAAAAUUUGCAUUUUUAUGGAUGAAAACACUAGUCAUAAUUUUUCAGAUAGAAACUUUCUUCACCGAAUCUAGAGAUAAGAGUCCGGUGACCAUAUUAGUGCAAAUUUCAUGUAAAUAGCCUAAUCGUUGAAGUAGGAGAUGUUGAAGACUGUUCCUGUGUCCCAAAUGAAAAAUCUUGCUGUUGGCUAAUCUACAGUAAACUAGCAUUUAAUGCAUUCAGGUAAUUAGCUAAUAUGUCUCAUAUAGUUGCUGAAAACAAAAACCUGCAGACACAACAGCCUUGCAGGAAUGGAUUUGGCCACCCAUGGUGCUGAUUGUUUGCUUGGACGUGUAUUGCUGCUUGCAGCUAUAUUUUGGAGUUCAAGCAAGAAGUACUGGAACCCUAUUAUUUUUGUUAUGAUUUUUUGGGGUCCAAACAUGAAGUGCUGAAAGUGUUGAGUGUAAGAAAGUAGAACAUUUUUGGCCAAGGUAAAGGCAUAACAGUAAAAAAAAAAAAAGAAUGUACAAGUUUCAGUUUAUCUGUAUUUCAUGUCUAUUUUUUAAAUCUUUUCAUACAGAAUUAUUUAUAGUCUGUUCUGCCUCUAUCAAUAUCAGUAUUAUUAGAGGUGCACCGAUCAUGAACCUUUAUGGUCGAUUCCGGUUGCUGAUUUUUUAAGCCAAAUGCAGCUGAUUCUGAAUUUUUAAAGUUUUUUUGUUUAUUUACGAUUUUUAAAAGCAACAGG